GUUCAAGCAGGUGGAGCUCUGGUGGUGACGAGAGGAACUUCUUCCCACAACACGAGAGGGAGGUCCAGUACUUGAGGUCAACUAGAUAAUGGAUAAAGGUUCCCAUAGACUGCAUGAAAGAAGAAGAAAGAUUGCUGAAAAAUCAAAAGAUAGUAAGGGAAAGUCGAAAAGGAGCACAAAGAAUGAAGGAAGUAUUAUGCAAGAGGAGGUGCAGCGAUACAAAGACAAAGAAAAAAGUCUACAAAAUGAAGAGGGGCCCAUGGUGUCCAACAGGAGGAUGACGAUUCAUCAGGGAAUCUAUUCACAUGGGUGUUCUUCAGGAACUGUACACAGAGAAAUAGGUUUAAAUAAAGAGACCAAAGCUCGUGCAGAAGCUAACUUGUCACGCAUUCUUGAGCUGGCCAGCUAUGCUUCAUUAGAGAAACAGGCCAGCAAAGCCUCCCUGACAACUCACUCUCCACACCGAUCUUUCCUAACCAAAAAAGUUAAAAAUUUAAGUUCAAGUCCAAAGCAAAAUGUUGGUGCAUCCCCUGGGAAAAGAAAAGCAGAUAUCAGUCCUUUGAGGCUAUCAUCGUCAGAAUCAGAUGAUAUAUAUGACAGCAUUAGUUCUCAGCCUAAGAAGCAUGAAGCUGAUAAUAGUUGUCAAAAGACUGAAGGACUUACCAAUGUGGCAUCACCUACUGAGAUGGAGAAAGAAAGUAAGACAAAAGAAUUAAACCACCAAAGGAGUAAAAAAUCCAAGACAGCUCACAAGAAGUGUUCAGAUAGACUUGAAACUAAAGAGAAUGAUUCUCCAGAAAUUAAGCAACGCCUGUUUGAAUCACUGACAGCCGCCAUAAAGGACUCUCUUGAGGAAAAAGCCAAACUUUUGACUGGAACCAGAGAUUUGCGUCUGGAGAUUUUUAAAAAAAUACAUGAGAAAUAUGAUGAAUGUGCUGAAGAUAGGAUAUCGUACGAGGGCACUGGUUCGUCAUCACUUGUACUUGUGUCUCAGAAUGACAAUGGUAUGAGCAAAAGACCAGCAAACUCAGGUGAUGAUCAGAAUAAAAACAGAAAGGCUGUUCCAAUUUUUAGUGUCAUGAAAACACCUUCAUCUACUGAGUAUUUGAAAUUAAGUCAAGGAUUAGAACUGCCUCAUCACCAUAAAGGUGAAAUGUCUGAACCACAACCAUCCAUGAAUAUUUUCAUUGUGCCCUGGCACAACCAUCGUUAUGGUGCCAUUACAUCAAAAUCUGAUUCUGUGUUUCUUGAAGAUUCAAGAAAAGAUUUAACAGUUUGCCAUAAAGAAAACAUACUUGAAAAUAAAAUACCCUCUUUGCUUCAGGGAAACAAGUCAGGUUAUCCAGAAAGAUUAGAAAAUGUGACACCACUACUGAAAUCUGUGUGUGAUUCUGAGUGCCCUCAAACAGUUGUAGUGGAUGCUCUUCAUUUUUUAGAAAAGUGUGAGAAACAGUCUAAGUUGCCACAGAUGAGAGAUACUAAUCCAAGUAAGGAAGACAGUUCAUUGCAUUGUACAUUUACUAAAGACUGCAUUCCUCAAAACAUUAAUAACAUAGGAUCUGAAAUUAUAUCUCAUUCUUCUCUUGAAGGCAUAUUUGACCUUCCAACAAACAUUAGGACUAACUGUGUAUACUCAAUGAAUUUACACAUGACACAGAAUGUUAAGCCUAAUGUUGUUGCUAAUGAGUCAUCUUUCCCGGUAAGCUACUUAGAUACUAAACAGCCAACAUGGCGUACAAGACACCAAGACUUCAGUCCUUCCAGUCCAGUUCCCUGUGAAAGACAUCCGACAAGAUCUUCAUUUCCCAAUGCUGUGAAGUGUAGUGGUGUAUGUUGUUCUGCUUCAGGGCACACAGAUUAUAUUGGUAGCCAAAACUUGCAUAGUAUGUCAGCAGUACCACUUAAGAAACAUCCACAGUUAUCUAGAUAUCCUUAUGAUUUACCAGAAGAUCCCAUUUUUGAAAGAAGUAGUGAAAUGACUCAAAGAUGUCAUCAGCAAAUUUCUCUGUGGCCUAGGAUAUCAGAUCAACCUCGUACAUCAAGAGCACAUACAUCAGCAAGUGUUUCCCAUAGUAUAGGAUGUUGUUGUGAGCGUUACUCAAAUAACAGGACUUGUCAGAAUCCCAAAGAUGUAUUCAGAGAGCACACGCAUUGUCAGCCUAGUCAUCAAGAUAACAAUAUUUGUGUUGGAGUGCAGGACUGGGUGGAUGCGAGUAGCAACACAGGUGCCCGGCUUCCACAUUUCCACCACACUGGCACCCAUAAGCUCCCACAGGUGGCAGGUAACUCCCCUUCAACAUCUACAGCUUAUUUAGAGACUAGACUUUCUCCUAAGCCUUGGAACUACAGGUGUAAACAUUCCUAAUAAUAUCUAGUGCAAAUGUAUCCAAAGCUAAAUUGAAAAUGAAUGUGUGUGUUGUACAUGGUCAGAGGUAAAACCGAGAGUGGCAACUAAAUAUGAUCAGUGUGUGUGAUGGGAUGUGUGUAUUGUAUCAUGGCUACACUUGAGAAUGAGUGUAUUGUAUCAUGGCUACACUUGAGAAUGAGUGAAACUGACAACAUAGUUAUUGAGCUAUUUGUAUUUAGUGUAUAAGCAAUUUAAUUUAAAAAAAGAGAAAGACUUGUACAUGUAUCAGGUGAAAUGUUCAAGCAAGUGACUGUGUGAUUAAUUGGGAGUACAAAUGUGCUCUUCAUUGUAGGCAGUAUUUUACAGUUCAAAAAAUAUAUAAAAUGUUUGGAAUAUUUAUAUAUAGAAAUGAUUUGGAGAGCAGGAGUUAGUAACCAGAAUAGUUUUGUACUUUACAGUAUUUGUAAAUGGAAGUUUUUUACUAAUGUUUUUAUUGUACAAAUCAAUUAAAAAUUUACUAAAGAUAAUUGUUUAUUUAAAUUGUUCCUGCA